AUGAUGUAGGGGUGAACAACAGGAACAUUAUCAUGUGGAUGGAUCAUCGAGCAGUUGAUCAAGUAGACCGAAUAAAUCAAACAAAACACUGUGUGCUAGGCUACGUGGGUGGAGUGAUGUCCCCAGAAAUGCAGCCACCUAAACUUCUUUGGUUAAAAGAAAAACUGCGAAGCAUUUGCUGGGAAAAAGCUGGUCAUUUCUUUGAUCUCCCUGAUUUUCUGUCUUGGAAAGCCACAGGUGCAACUACAAGAUCUCUCUGUACCUUGGUUUGUAAAUGGACCUACUCUGCACAAACGGGCUGGGAUGACUCCUUCUGGAAGCAGAUUGGACUCGAAGAUUUAACAGUCAACAAUCAUUCUAAAAUAGGGAAUCAUGUGUUGUCUCCUGGCAGCCGAGUGGGAAAUGGCUUGACAUCAGUUGCUGCUCAAGAGCUGGGGCUAUCCAAGGGAAUUGCUGUGGCAGCAUCUCUGAUCGAUGCCCAUGCUGGAGGUUUAGGUGUGAUUGGGGCAGAUGUAAGAGGUUCCAACUUGCCUUGUGAGAACAAGCCAAUUACUUCAAGGCUUGCUCUCAUCUGUGGAACAUCCUCCUGUCAUAUGGGGAUUAGUAAAAGUCCAAUAUUUGUGCCUGGUGUUUGGGGCCCUUAUUACUCCGCUAUGGUACCUGAUCUAUGGUUAAAUGAAGGUGGACAGAGUGCUACAGGAAAACUGAUAGAACAUGUUGUUAAAAGUCAUGCUGCAUUCCCAGAACUGGAGUCCAAUGCCAAGGCCAGUGGGAAAAAUGUCUACAUGUACUUAAACUGUCACCUGGAGUCCAUUAAAAAGUGUUCUGCUGUGGGCAUGCUAACAGUUGAUUUACAUGUUUGGCCUGAUUUCCAUGGUAACAGAUCUCCCUUUGCAGAUUCUACCCUAAAGGGCAUGAUAACUGGAUUAGCACUGUCCAACAGUCUUGAUGAUCUUGCUAAGCUGUACUUAGCUACAGUUCAAGCAAUAGCACUGGGAACCCGUCACAUUUUGGAAACAAUGCAGAAUGCAGGACAUCAAAUCAAUACACUCUUUAUGUGUGGUGGAUUGAGCAAGAAUCUCCUGUUUGUCCAGAUGCAUUCAGACAUCUCAGGUAUGCCAAUCGUCCUUGCCGAGGAGGUGGAGUCAGUUUUAGUGGGCGCUGCUAUUCUGGGAGCCUAUGCCUCAGGGGACUUUAAAUCUAUACAGGAAGCUAUGGAAAGAAUGGGAAAGAUUGGAAAAAUAAUUUAUCCAGACCUGGAGCAAAAGAGGUAUUAUGACAGCAAAUAUAAAGUUUUCCUGAAGCUUGUUGAUCACCAGAGGGAAUACAGAACUAUCAUGCAAAACAUCUGAUUGCCACAGCAUUCUAGAGAAAAUGGCCAGAGUUCAUUCAAAAUCUUUUACAACUUUCCAAGUGAAAUUACGGUUACUAGAUUGCUGUCUUUGUUCUUUAUGAGAAAGAUUAUACUGUGUAAAACAUAAACUUAAAUUUUGGAUGAUUCAUUUGGAAGAAAUGUUACAUUGUGUAUUCCAAAUAAAAAAAACAUUUAAUGUGAAAA